CUCGAGUCCAGUGGCAGCAUGCUUUAUACCACUGCAUCCGAUGCUUUGCAUUGCACUUGGUGAUGUAAGGCUUGGAUGCAGCUGCUCGUCCAUGGAAACCCAUUCCAUGAAGCUCUAUACGCACUUUUGUGUGCUAAUCUGAAGGCCACACAGAGUUUGGAGGUCUUUAGCUUCUUACUCUGCAGUCAGUUGGCAACUUCUGCGCACUGUGCACUUCAGCUUGUGCUGACCCCGCUCUGUCAUUUUACGUGGCCUAUCACUUCGUGGCUGAGUUGCUGUUGUUCCCAGUUGCUUCCACUUUGUUAUAAUACCACUAAAAGUUGACUGUGGAAUAUUUAGUAGCAAGGAAAUUUCACGGAUGGACUGAUUGCACAGGUGACAACCUAUCAAGGUACCACACUUGAACUCACUGAGCUCCUGAGAGCAACCCAUUCUUUCACAAAUGUUUGUAGAAGCAGUCUGCAUGCCUAGGUGCUUGAUUUUAUACACCUGUGGCCAUGGAGGUGAUUGCAACACCUGAAUCCAAUGAUUAGGAGGAGUGUCCCAAUACUUUUGGCAAUAUAGUGUAUUUA